AUGACCGAUAUCGACGGCGUCCAGCAUCAACGAACUGUUCCUUUCGGCAAAGUCCAACCACAAGUAUGGCAAAAGCAAAUACAAAACCAUGCUAUCAACUUCGCUGCGCCAAUCAAGGAAGUUUUGAGUAAAAUCGAGUCGCCGUUUGUCACAGCUAUCGCUGAUUGCAUUUCUCCGCAAGCAUCAUUUUAUGACGGAAAAUUGUUUCUGGUUGGAGAUGCGUUGGCUCUGUUUCGUCCUCAUGUGGCCCAGAGUAUUAACCAAGCUGCAUUGCAUUGCUUGCUGCUAGAAAGAUAUCUGAAAGGAGAGAUUACCUUGAGUGCAUAUGAGGAAGAAGUCUUGUCAUUCGCGCAUACUACGUUAUUGUGGAGCAGAGAAGUAGGAUCGGAAUACCUUCAUAGCAUUGCAGGUCAUUUGUAUCAUAAGAUGCGUCAUCGCGUUGCGAGGAGGGCGCAGCGCUGGGGUGUGCGGCUGUAA